UUGGAAUAAUUUGUGGAUUAUAGCUUCUAAGGAAGCGAUUCCUUAAGAGGGAAUAACUCCAGUUUCUUCUUCUUCUUCUUCUUCUAGUCCUUCUUGUUGCUCUCCUUUAAAGCCAGUAAUGGCGACAGUUCUCGAGAGAACAAUCAGUUCAGUUCGUUCGAGCAUCGGAACUUCUCUCUCUGCCUACCAUCGCUUUACGAGCAUGCCGAAAGGGCGACCCCUCUCCUUGCAGAUUGUGGAGCUUAAAGUGAGGAUGUGCUGCACUGGGUGCGUCAAGGAGGUUAAGACUGCCUUAAGUAAGCUUAGAGGGGUGGAUUCAGUGGAUAUAAAUCUAGAGCUGGAGAAGGUGACAGUCACCGGUUAUGUCGAUCGCAAUAAAGUGUUGAAGUAUGUUAGGAGAAGUGGCAAAAGGGCCGAGUUCUGGCCAACCCCACAUGAGCCCCUCUAUUUCACCACUGCUUCUAACUACUAUCAAGAUGUGAAUGCCUAUAAGGAGACAUACAAUUACUGGAGGCAUGGCUACAAUGGAGAUCGCCAUGGCCAGGUCGUAUCUGCUUAUAGGCCUGAUGAUAAGGUGAGCACCAUCUUUAGUGAUGAUAAUGUUCAUGCAUGUUGUGUCAUGUGAAACAAAGAGCAAAUAAGAAUGAGAAAGAGAGGAAGAACAAAUGAAGGUUUAGGUAGAAAGGACUUAGUAUUUAGGAUGACACUGUGGUGUUUAUGUAUAUAUUUAUGGUGAUGGUGUUUUUAAUUUGUAUUAAUGGCUGGGGUUUUGGAUGUUUUGAUGUUUGUGUUUUGGUGUGGAACCCUGAUAUUUUGAUCAGUGGAGAGAUUGCUUGUGUUUAUGAUGGAAGGGUAACAGAGUUUGGGUUGCA